UAUCUUCUAGCCAAGUCCGGUAUUCCUUUCAGAACGCAAAAAUGAACACCUAUAUAUGUAUGUGUUUGGCGUCAUGCCUCUUGGUCGCUGUAAGCGCUGCAGGAUAUGGAAAUGGAUUCGGAAACGGAAAUGGUAACGGAAAUGGCGGCGGAAAUGGAUACGGCAAUGGCGCCGGAAAAGGAUACGGCAAUGGCGCUGGAAACGGUUACGGCAAUGGCGCCGGAAACGGCUACGGCAAUGGCGCCGGAAACGGAUACGGCAAUGGCGCCAGUAACGGCGGUGGACGUUACAGGAGAGCUGGUUACGGAGGUGGUGCCGGCUCUAUGGGCGGAAGUUUCGGUGGCUCCGGAAUGGGAGGCAACGGUGGAUUCGGAGGAAUGAAUGGAGGCGGAUAUGGAGGUAUGAACGGAGGUGGAUCUGGAGGAAUGGGCGGUGGAAUGGGAGGCAAAGGUGGAUUCGGAGGAAUGAAUGGAGGCGGAUUCGGAGGUAUGAAUGGAGGCGGUUCCGGAGGAAUGGGCGGUGGAAUGGGAGGCAAAGGUGGAUUCGGAGGAAUGAAUGGAGGCGGAUUCGGAAGUAUGAAUGGAGGUGGAUCCGGAGGAAUGGGCGGUGGAAUGGGAGGCCAAAGUGGAUUCGGAGGAAUGGGCGGUGGAAUGGGAGGAGGAAAAGGUUAUUAG